AUGCCUUUCCCCAUGGCUUACGUGGGACGGCAUCCCAAGCCGAAGGACCUUCUUGGCAAGGUGCUGUACGGCAUCGGCAGCGUGCUGCGGGGGACUGGAAAAGCGCUGGAUAGCGUAGGAUCCUCGAUUCAGGGACCCUAUGGCGUGCAGGCCGAGCUGCCGCCCAACACUGCGUGGCUGCCGUUGAUAGCCAACCCUCAGGUAUCGAUUGUGGAGCCGGUGAAGGGCCCGGACGUGUUUGUAGCGCAGAACGCCACCAUUCUGGGCAACGUCAGCAUCGGCAAGGGCAGCAGCAUCUGGUACGGCGCGACCUUGAGAGGCGACGUCAACGCCAUCACCAUCGGCGAGCGCACCAACAUCCAGGACAACGUGGUCAUCCACGUCGCGCGCCACGUGCCCAGCACUGCAGCGCCGCGCGCCACCGUCAUCGGCAGCAACGUGACGGUCGCGCACGGCGCGCUCGUGCACGCGGCGACGAUCGGCGACGGCUGCCUCGUGGGCAUGGGGGCCACGCUGCUGGACGGCGUCACGCUGGAGCCGGGCAGCGUCGUCGCCGCCGGCGCGGUCGUGCCGCCGGGCGCCGUCAUCAAGACGGGCCAGAUCUGGGCGGGCGCGCCGGCCAAGCUGCUGCGCACGGUCAGCGCCGAGGAGGCGUCGUUUCUGGUGCAGAGCGCAGACAACUACGCCAAGUUGGCGCAGGCGCACAAGACCGAGAACGGCAAGGUGUUUGAGGAACUUGUGCUGGAUGCGACCAUUGCGGGCGAGCGCGCGUGGCGGGAGAAGACCGACUCGGACGUGCACCAGGGCAUCUACAGGGACCCCCAGACCCAGGUCCUGCUCAGCAUGCGCUGA